AGCGCUGUACUGCUUUUACUGCAGGAGGUGAACUUUUGCACACAUUGGACAGGGCGGUUUCCCUAACUGCCAGCUACAAAAGGGAUCUCAUGCUCUCAGAGUCAAAGACGGCAGGCAGGAAACUCUUUCAUCGAUACACGAGAAAGGACACCGCCUUCAAAGGUCAUGGGGAUAUUAGACAGUUUUCUCCAGUCCUUCAGUUCUGUCUCCCUGUUGGGAGCUCUGGUGGUCCUACUGCUUAUCUACUUCAUUACCUCUUCAAGCUUUAGCUCCCAGAGGGACGGCAAAGAUCCUCCAGGACCGAGACCACUUCCCAUACUUGGAAACCUGCUGCAGCUUGACCUCAAGAGACCGUACAAGACAUUACUGGAGCUUUCAAAGAAAUAUGGAUCAGUGUUCACUGUCUAUUUUGGACACAAGAAGGUGGUGGUCCUGGCUGGAUACAAGACGGUGAAGGCAGCACUUGUCAAUCAUGCUGAAGAGUUUGGAGACAGGGAUCCAUUGCAUUUUUUGGAUGAAGUUACUAAAGGCCAUGGGGUUUUAUGGUCCAACGGUGAUUCAUGGAAAGAGAUGAGACGCUUCGCCUUGACAAACCUGAGAGACUUUGGGAUGGGUAAGAAGGCAUGCGAGGACAAAAUCAUUGAGGAAUGUGAGCGACUCAUUGAAGUGUUUACGAAAUUUAAAGGAAAAGCUUUUGAUAAUUCCCGACCGGUAAACUAUGCCGUCUCUAAUAUUAUCUGCUCCAUCGUAUAUGGCAGCAGAUUUGAAUAUGAUGACCCAGAGUUUACGUCCUUGGUAGAUCGAACAAACAGAAAUAUUCAACUUGCAGGCUCCCCAUUAGUACAGAUUUUCAACCUGUUCCCAUGGAUUGGUAAAUGGUUUCAAGAUAGAAGAGAAUUGGAUAAUAGUGUCGCUGCCAACAGGCAACAGAACUCACAGCUAUUCAGUCGUUUGAAGGAGACUCUCAAUCCACAGAUGUGCAGAGGUUUUGUGGAUUCCUUUCUGGUCCGAAAGCAAACUCUAGAGGAAUCUGGGACCAACAGUUACUACAACAAUCAAAACCUGAUGGCAACAGUUCUUAAUCUUUUUGCUGCCGGCACUGAUACAACAGCAACUACACUGAGAUGGGGACUUCUGCUUAUGUCCAAGUACCCAAAAAUACAAGACCAGGUCCAGGAGGAAGUGAACAGGGUGAUAGGAAGUCGUCAGGUUCAGGUCGAGGACAGGAAGAACCUGCCCUUCACCGACGCCGUCAUCCAUGAAACACAGAGACUGGCCAACAUCGUGCCCAUGGCGCUUCCUCACAGAACCAGCCAAGACGUCACUUUCCAGGGUCACUUCAUUAAGAAGGGAACCACAGUGUAUCCUCUCUUGACAUCUGUCCUGUAUGAUGAGACUGAGUGGGAGAGCCCACGCACCUUUAAUCCUGCCCACUUCCUGGACAAAGACGGAAAGUUUGUCAAGCGAGAUGCCUUCAUGCCUUUCUCUGCAGGUCGUAGGAUUUGUCUUGGAGAGAGUCUGGCCAAGAUGGAGCUCUUCAUCUUCUUCACCACACUCCUGCAACACUUUCGUUUCAGUCCUCCACCUGGAGUUUCAGAGGAUGACCUGGAUCUGACUCCAAGUGUGGGCUUGACCCUCAACCCUACACCUCACAAACUGUGUGCUGUUCCCUGUAUGUGAGCGGUACGGCUUGAAAAUGCUUUUUACAGUGUUAUAUAUUACUGAGCACUGAAUAAUAAUGCUCUAUAUAAACAACUUCCCAGUUAUCUCUUCCUUGUCAUUGCCUUCAUGACAGUCCUGCCAUUAAAAAUGUAAAUAGGAGAUCAACAUCACUAAUAGAAUAAAAUCAUUGAUCCGUCGGCAUAAUUUGUUAAUGGUGCUUAUUAAACCACCUAGUGACUGUAGCCAAAAAUGCAUGUAGGAAUUUAAAUAUUAUAUAUUUUUUAUAACACAGAACUUUGAAUUAUUUGUGAUGUCUUACUGUAUAAUAAAAAUUGCAAACA